AAUAACAACGCGACGCUUCCAUUUGCUCUGCGUGGCUUCACGAUCGUAAUGCAAGCAUGACAAACAUCGCAUUGAAGAACUAAACAAGCAGAACAGCGCCUCUCUCUUUAUCAUAUUGUCUCAAGCGUUUAACAUUUUUAGCAUGUGAUUCUUCUAGCCUUUUCCUUUGUGAAUUCUAUAAAUUGUUGGCUGACUUUUUUAGAAUUUCUUCUUCGCGAUAUACAAGAUAUAGUAUGAGAUUUAGUGAGAAACUCUUACAAAAAAAUCCUUCAACCAAGACAAAUUUUACGCCGUCCUUUUUAGAUUUGAAUGCAUUUUUAUAUGGAUAUUUAUAAAAACGACAGUUUAUCAGGACACAGCGAGCAGAGAAGGCUUAAACUCUGGCUUAAAUUUUCAAUGAAUUAAAUACGUUUCGCUAUUGUGCGGUUGGCACUCUCUGGAAGAAGCCUUUUUUGUGCGUCGUCACGCAGCGACAACUGAGCAGCCAAGUGACGCGGAAACUUUCACAACAAAUCGGCGUUAGAUGAUAUUAAGGCAAAGUUCUCGGGUGAAACUUGCAGACGCCCUUCACUCACUUCGAGGUCUCGUGGGUAAUAAGCUUGCCGAGAGACUCAAAAGGGACUAAAAAAGCAAAACAAGUUUACAAACGCGCCGUGUGUUGUCAUGCUGAACUGAUUGCCGCUAGGCGCCCGAAGGGAGCCUUCUAAUAGAGGUACAGGCAACACGGAAACAUGACGAUCAAAAUGGCUUGAUACUAAUCGAAAUAAAGGGGUCGUCGCCAUGUCAUCCUUUAUAAGCGGCCUGUUAAGACGCAAGUCGCAGGGCACGUGGUUCCAGGAAAGCGGUUUGGCGCGAUGCAUGGACUUGUUCGAUCUGACCGUGCUGGGCCUAGGCGGAAUGCUUGAUGCAGGAAUCUACGUCGUGAUUGGUCAGUUAGCAAUAGUUGCGGGUCCGUCUGUCAUUGUGUCGUUCCUAGUGGCAACCGUAGCCGCGCUUCUCGCAGGUCUGUCGUACGCCGAGUUGUCGUCACGCAUCACAAAGACCGGCUCAGCGUAUGUCUUCACCUAUGUCACGCUUGGGGAGGUUCUCGGCUUUUUCGUGGGCUGGAGCAUGCUCGCUGAGUACAUCGUCAAUGCGGCGUCCAUGGCCAAAGCGUGUAGCCUCUACAUCAAUUCCCUCAGUGGCGGCGCCGUCUACUCGUAUUUGGCGGAAAAUAUUAGUUGGGGAGCGAGAAAUAAUUAUGUUGGUCACUUCCCGGACCUUGUGGCUCUAGCGCUAGUGCUAUGUUCUGUUGUUAUAAUUGGUUUAGGUGUCCGCGAAUCUAAAACUCUUAUGGACAUCAUUAUGAUAAUGAACGGUACGGUCAUUUUAUUUUCAAUUGUGUCGGGCGUGGUUUUCGCAGACACAAAGCUCUGGUCAACCCCACAAAAGUUUGCUCCUAAAGGUCUGGAUGGAAUCAUUCUAGCCAUACCACAGUGCUUCUACUGUCUGUCGGGCUUCGAUACUAUACCCACCGCCAGCGAGGAAGCACUAGAGCCCAGCCGCACGGUCCCUAAAGCAAUCGUGCUUUGUCUCGUGAUAACCUCAUGCGCGUAUCUAGGCAUCAGCUCCAUCAUUACCCUAAUGGUACCUUACACCGCCAUAGAUUAUCACUCUCCUCUUGCGGAAGCGUUCAGUACUCGGGGGUUUCCUCCGGGAUACUACGUUGUUUCCAUCGGCGCUACUGCAGCGAUCUUCGCGAGUCUCUUGGCAUCGUACUACGCGGCCAGUAGAUUACUGUACUCAUUAUCCUAUGACGGGCUUAUAUGCAUGUUUCUAAACAAGAUUAACAAAAGUCGUCAAGUUCCCCUGAACUCGGUGAUAGCCGUGGGUGUGAUCACGGGCCUGUCGAGCCUAGUUUUCAACAUGCGUGAGCUAGUAGAACUGGUCGCUGUGGCGACCAUAUGUACCUACACUAGCGUGAGCGUUUGCGUGUUGGUGUCGCGAUUCCAGGCUGACUAUACCACAGUCUUCCUGGACGGCAAUGUUCACUCUACUUUUAGUCCAGUUCACUGGCUCAAGACCAGGAACCUGUCCAAUGCAGAGAGCAAAGCAAAGAAGAACUAUCAAGCGAUAUCUGAAAGUGACCGGUUUCUAGUGUCUCCGCCUGUCACCUCGUGGUCGCUUCACGCUGCUAUCGUCGCUAUAGUAGUAUAUAUCCUCAGUCUCAUCGCAUUCUCAACCUCUGCUUUUAUCUGGUGGGAGAAUAAAGACCCGAUGGAUCCGGCCACCAUAGUAAUGCUCUGUGUGUACGGAGUGACGGCGGUGGCGGCGGUGAUAGCCCUCGGAGCCAUCCCGCAGAAUCACGCGAGCUUCCCUUACAUGGUCCCGCUAGCCGUGCCUAUAAUCAGCAUCCUACUCAAUGUGUUUGUCAUCGUGAGGGUCAAGCCACAGGCUUUCGCUAUCUUUCUCUUGUGGGUAGCACUAGGUGCAUUGGUCUACUUUGGCUACGGCAUUCGUCACAGCACCGAGGCGUUUGUUCCUGAGGUUAAGGAAUUCCAGCACGAAUAUACGACCGUGCCUAGUGUCCCCAUAAGAACACUUCUUGGAGGUGUACAACCCUAUAAAAAGGGAAAGAACCCUUUUCAACUUGACUGGAAAUUAGAAGAUGAUAAAGAGGUGAUGGGGGAAUGAAGUAGCACUUUAAAAAGACCAAGUAUUCUACCAUUGACUUAUGAAACAGGAUAAAAACUGUAUUAUUUUACUUCCUGAAGUCCUUGAUGGUUCGAAAUAGUGCAUAACUAAAUCAAUUAGAGUAAAUCAAUCUCUUUUUUUGUAUUAGAACGAAGAAAGAAAAUUUAAUGUUCUAAACAUUAAA